AGUUUUAUGUGCUUUCGUAAGCGCUCGGCGAUUUACGCUCCUAUUCGGCCAUCUCCGGCGGCCUCCCCGGUAACGGUCGCUGUGAGUUUAAAUGAGCCGGAGCCGCCUAUCUGACGUCUUGCGAGUCGCUGGGGAGAGCGGGAGAGAGACUUAGACGGGAGGCCGCCAGUAAGGCCGGAGGAUGACAGUACUGCAGGAACCCGUCCAGGCUGCUAUAUGGCAAGCACUGAAUCACUACGCAUACAGAGAUGCAGUAUUCUUGGCAGAAAGACUCUAUGCAGAAGUGCAUUCUGAAGAGGCUUUAUUUCUGCUGGCCACCUGCUAUUAUCGCUCAGGAAAGGCUUACAAGGCAUAUCGUCUCCUGAAAGCCCACAGUUGUACCACUCCACAAUGUAAAUACCUUCUCGCUAAGUGCUGCAUUGAUCUCAGCAAGCUAGCUGAGGGGGAGCAGAUCUUGUCGGGUGGAGUGCUCAAUAAACAGAAGAGUCAAGAGGAGAUUGUUACGGAGUUUGGAGACUCCGCCUGCUUUACGUUGUCAUUGCUUGGCCAUGUAUAUUGCAAAACAGAUCGAUUGGCCAAAGGCGCAGAAUGUUACCAAAAGAGCCUUAGUUUAAAUCCUUUCCUGUGGUCCCCAUUUGAGUCUCUGUGUGAAAUAGGUGAAAAGCCAGACCCUGAGCAGACGUUCAAACUGACCUCUCUGCAGAACUUCAGUAACUGGGUGGUGCCCAACACUUGCACAAUGACCGUCAACACACACAGCAUCGUCCAACACCGGCAGCCCGACACCGUGUUAAUGGAGACUCCUCAAGACACUAUAGAACUCAACAGACUGAACCUGGAGUCAUCCAACAUAAAAUAUCCCUUGAACAGCGAUUCCUCGAUAUCCUACAUAGAUCCUGGGAUUAUUUCCCCUGAUUCCCUGCCCCUUGGUACUGGAACCUCCAUUCUGUCUAAACAGGCCCAAAACAAACCAAAGACUGGCCGCAGCCUAUUGGGAGGACCAGCAGCACUGAGCCCACUCACUCCAAGUUUUGGAAUUCUGCCUCUAGAAACCCCCAGCCCAGGAGAUGGGUCGUAUUUACAAACCUACAACUCCUCUUGUGUCCUUGAUGUGCCAUCAUCUGGCGCCCCAAUAAAAAAGUCUGUUGCUAGAAUCAGCCAAGCAGGAACAAAGUCUGUGUUUUCUCAGAGCGGUAACAGCCGGGAUGUCACCCCAGUUCUCCUUGUACAGACGCAGGGCUCUGGUCCUCAAACAAGCACCACUCCUCAGGUACUGAGCCCAACAAUAGCCGCUCCACCUAAUGCACUACCACGUCGUAGUUCUCGGCUUUUUACCAGCGACAGCUCCACCACCAAGGAAAACAGCAAAAAGUUAAAAAUGAAGUUUCCGCCCAAAAUGCCAAAUCGAAAGACCAAAAGUAAAACGAGUAAAGGCGGCGUGACGCAGACCAACCUGAACGACAGCCUGGAGAUUAGUAAACUGGAUUCCUCCAUUAUCUCCGAGGGCAAAAUCUCCAACGUGGCCCCCCAAAUCCAGGCGCUUACUUUACAGAAGGCGGCGGCAGAAGGGUUGAUGAGUCUCUUAAGGGAUAUGGGGAAGGGCUACGUGGCCUUGUGCUCUUACAACUGCAAGGAGGCAAUAAAUAUACUGAGCCAUCUCCCGUCUCAUCACUACAACACCGGCUGGGUCUUGUGCCAGAUUGGCCGUGCCUACUUUGAGCUGGCAGAGUACCUACAGGCUGAGCGAGUGUUCUCGGAGGUGCGGAGACUUGAGAGCUAUCGAGUAGAAGGCAUGGAGAUCUACUCCACUACUUUGUGGCACUUGCAGAAGGACGUGGCCUUGUCUGUGCUUUCGAAGGACUUGACGGACAUGGACAAGAACUCUCCAGAGGCCUGGUGCGCCGCUGGAAACUGCUUUAGUUUACAAAGGGAACAUGACAUUGCAAUAAAGUUCUUCCAGAGGGCCAUUCAGGUGGAUCCAGGUUAUGCCUACGCUUUUACUCUACUGGGACACGAGUUUGUACUGACGGAGGAGCUGGACAAAGCGUUGGCGUGUUUCAGAAAUUCCAUACGAGUUAACCCCAGACACUACAAUGCCUGGUAUGGACUUGGGAUGAUUUACUACAAGCAAGAGAAGUUCAGCUUGGCAGAAAUGCAUUUUCAGAAAGCACUGGAUAUUAACCCCCAGAGUUCCGUAUUGCUGUGUCAUAUUGGAGUGGUGCAGCAUGCGCUCAAGAAGUCUGACAAGGCUUUGGACACACUAAACAAAGCCAUCUCCAUAGACCCCAAAAACCCUCUAUGCAAGUUCCAUCGAGCCUCCAUUCUCUUUGCCAAUGAGAAGUACAAGUUGGCGCUGCAAGAAUUGGAGGAGCUGAAACAGAUUGUACCUAAGGAAUCCUUGGUGUACUUCUUAAUAGGAAAGGUAUACAAGAAGUUAGGACAGACACAUUUGGCUCUGAUGAAUUUCUCCUGGGCCAUGGACCUGGACCCCAAAGGUGCUAACAAUCAGAUCAAAGAGGCCAUAGACAAACGGUACCUGCCAGACGAUGAGGAGGCUGUGACCCAAGAGGAGCAGAUCAGCGAGUGUUACCCCUAUGAAUCAGUGGCCACUGACGAAUCACAGGAGAGCAGUAUGACAGACGCAGACGACACACAGUUGCACGCUGCUGAAAGCGAUGAAUUUUAACUCUUCCUGCAGAACUUCUGGCACCUGAGGGGGGACGGGGGGGUGUUUGACUGUUAUUUUAAUUCACACCACCCUGGCUUCACACCCUUGCCUUCUCCGACACCUCUCACAGGCCAUUUUGUAUCACCAUCGCCUCUUCCACCAUCAUUAUUGGACUUUAUUAUUUUUGUUUCCCGUCCUUCUGAUUUUAAUGCCCCGCAGAGAAUUAAAGACUGUGCAAUAUG